CCUUCCUCUCAGGAACGCGCACAGCUGCAUGAAUGUCUCACCUGUGAUGGAUUUAGAAGAAGCUUUGAAGCUCGUCGGAGAGUUUGGGCCCUACCAGAAACGAGCGGUGGCUGUCCUCGUCCUGACUCAGGUGUACAUGGCCUGUCAGUCCAUGCUCAUCGUCCUGGUUGGUUUUACACCGGAGUACCGCAUCGAGCAUCAGCAGCAGGACGGCGUCCCUGUGAGCCAGCACGUCACCUUUACAGAGAACGUCGACUCCAUCGUGACUGAGUGGUUCCUCAUCAAGCAGCAGGCCUACAAGGUCAGCCUCGCCGGGUCGCUCUUCUUCGCCGGGCUCCUAAUCGGGAACGUCGUCUUUGGGCCUCUCUCGGAUAAGAUUGGCCGGAGACCCGUUUACCUGACAGGCCUGUUCUUUGAGGUCGUCUUCGGCUAUGUGACCGCCUUUGCGCCCAGCUAUGAGGUCUUUGCUGCCUCUCGUUUCCUGGUGGGGCUGAUGAACGGCGGCAUCGGACUCGUUUGCUUCGUCCUCACGCAGGAGUACGUGGGCAAGUCCUACUGGGCCAUGACGGGGACGCUGACCAGCAUGACGUUUGCCGUCGGCAUCGCCCUGUUCGGCGCUCUGGGCUACUUAAUCCAGCCGUGGAGGAGCUUGGCGACGGCGGCCAACUCGUCCGGCGUGCUCUUCUUCCUGCUGUCUGUCACUCUUCCAGAGUCCCCUCGUUGGCUGUACUCCCAGGGCCAGGCGGAGCGAGCUGAGGAGGUCCUGCGUUUUAUGGCGAGCAGGAACGGCAACGCCGUGAAGCACCUGAUGCUGCAGCGCGUUGGCGUCUCUAAAGCCGGUAACCACAAAAGCCGAGGCGCCGGCGUCCUGCAGCUGAUCAUCCACCCGGUGCUCCGCCUGCGCACGAUGGUGCUCAUGUAUGUGUGGUACGCCUGCAGCCUGGUGUACUACGGGCUGACUCUGGGGGCCGGCGAGACGUCUGGUAGCCGUUACGUUAAUGUGGCGAUGUACGGCCUCGUGGAGCUGCCGGCAUACCCACUCUGCAUAUACUUCAUCAACAAACACUGGAGCUUUGCUGAGUGUGACGUCGUUGGCGCUUGUGGGAAAACUGAUGGUCAGCGCAGCGUUCAACAUCGCCUACGUCUACACGUCCGAGCUCUACCCCACAGUCAUCAGGAACGCUGGGCUGGGAGUUUGUUCCAUGUCCUGCAGAGUUGGAGGAAUCCUGGCACCGUUCGUUCCUUCCAUGGUAAGGCUGUGAGUGUGAGAGAGGUUAGGAGUAAAUGCUCUGGAAAAAGCCUGAGCCAGCAGCAGGAAGCACUCGAUCUGAUCUUCAGAGCCACUCAGCAGCUCUCAGCAACCAGCAGACGUUUAAAUCGGGCCCUCCAUACCUCCAUGCCCUUCACCGUGUUCUGUCUGAGCGGCCUGUCGGCGGCCUGUUUGGGCCUCCUGCUGCCGGAGACCCUGAACAGACCAGCAGCAGAGACGCUGGAGGAGCUGGGCAGCCCGGGGCUCGGCCGAGUGCUGGAGAGCAAGCCUCUGUUGUAUGAAGAUGAAAGCUGUGCAUCGACCCACAAAUGAAGCCGGCGGCCUCGUCUUCGUCGCUCAGAACCGCAAACGGUCCCGUUAAUUAACGGUUUCUGAGCCGUCGUUCACUGCAGGAAGCGAAAACGCCGUCAGCUGACCUCGUAGGAAGACGCAGCGUUGUGGUCGAUUCCUGAACGCUGCGGUGGCGAAUUUAGAGACGGAGGGCUGAGAGUCAUGAUCCGCUUUACAUUCCAGAUCCUGGGAAUUUAACAAGAGGGACCAAAAACCUUUGACAGCUCCUGAAGCCCGACAGCAUUUCCUCCAGUGACGUUUUUAGACUUCUGCUGCUUCAGGAGGAAAUGUGUUAAAGACUCUCCGCACCAGAGGACACCCGCUUACAGUCACUACAGUUUACACAUAAUCAGAUUAUUUAUGUCAGCUGUGAUUUUCUUCCAGACAGGAACUAUUGUCAUUAUUUUCACUCUGAUUUAACGUGGUCAGAAACGUCCACAUGUGUCAGGCUCAGACGAUCCAUCAGCUUCUCUUACCUCGAUUUAUCAAACACAAAUAAAAACCAGGCUGGUUUAAUUUAACUAAAUAAUCAAACUCACUUUUAUUUACAGGUUUACAGAAACAUUUUAAUGGAUUGAAUAAUGAAAAAGAACUAAGUGUAAAUAUAUGAACUGAGCAGCUGGAGCUCAGCUUCCUGUUUUUCUACCACGACUCAGCCGAGCAGCAACUUCGCUUUCAAAGGGUCAAUUAGAAAGUUUGAGCAGCUCAUGAGAAGCCUUGUUGGAUCAGCUCGCCUCUUUCCAGACGUGACGAGAGCAGAAACCAAACUAAAGCUCGCAUCUUUCCCAUUGGCUGCCCCUCAUAAACAGAGCCUUUACCCCCGACCCUUUAAAACAGCAGCUUUCAACGUGUUUUCACUGGUUUGGGGUUUGAUGGUGGACGAUCUUCAGGCAGCUCAGUUUACGAUGAAUGGAUUAUAUUCCCAUCACUUUAAUUCGCAUUAAUCAUAAUAGUUUUUAUUAUUAAGCCAUUAAAUGCAGAGCGUGGAAUAUGUAGAACAGGUCGGGGGAAGAUGUUUGGUCCUGGACCAAUCGUGUUUGAGUGUUCGACUGCACCCAUGAAUAUCUGUGUGGGGACAGAAAAUUUAUGUUUAUAGAUUCAUUAAUAAACAAGGGAGAGGAUGGAGCAGGAAGCCUGGUGCGGGAACGACCCAGACGUUAUUCCUUGUUCCCAAACAGCAGCUGAUGGUGAUCAUGUGAUCGUCUGUGGGCUUAGUGUUUUCAUGUGUUUAUCUAGGUAAAAUCACCAGCUGUUUUUUAACAUCAAGGACAGAUGUUUUCCUUUUUUUCAUUACUUAGUCCUUUAUCUGCUGAUUUUUUACUUUUAAAGCGUCCGGGAGAGUCGGAAAAAACAUCUCUCAGAUGUGACGAUGACGAUGGUGAACCUAGAAAACCAGAAACAAGAAAAGUUGAUGUCCUAAGAAUCUGUUUUGUUUCCAGGUUUUAGAUGAUAUGAAAUGUUAAACGAGUGAAAAAGCAAAGCUGUACAUUCGGUGUGAGGGACAAUCAAUUAAGGACAGGUUGCACACUGCAGCUCUGCAGCCUGGAGAUCGGGCAGGAGCUGAAACCGGUCCUCGGAUGUUUCCUCUGAAGUUCAGGACUGUGAGGCCAGUUUGAUGCCGUCGUUUUACAGUCUGCUUCGUUUCCUCUGUAACGUGAGAGACGCUGCCAUUGGAGGAAAACUUGCAGCGAUAUGAUCUAUAAACAUAUUUAAAAAAAGGAAAGAAGCUCUGUGUUCUGCAAAGUUUCUUAAAUGUGAUUACUUCCUGUUUUUAUUGAUGUUGGUGUGUGUAACACACUCACGUCUGUAUUCGUGCUGAAAGAGGCCGUCGGGGUCCUCGCCUUCAGCUGAUGGUAAUUAAAUGAAAGUGUUCCAGCAUCCCUCCUCCUCCUGCCGUGCCUUCGACUGCAGCCUUUUACUGUGAAAAAGCACUUUGGAAAGUGUUAAACAUCAUCUGCCUGCAGAUGUUUGAUUCCCUGCUGUAAGCACUGUGUGCACUCUGUACAUAGACGGUAUGCACAGAGAUAAAUGAUGCUCAUGAACUGUUCUCUCUGUGAUAAAGACAGUAAACACUUGAAAACUUC